CAAGACAGAUGCAUCAAGCAACAGCAUAAAGCGAAAGCUUCCCACCAAAAUUUAUUCCCUAAUUCUCUUUUCAGUAUAUAAAGGGACCAUCUCAUGCAUUUCUUGCAACCCCUAAUUAAUAAUAAUCCAUCCAUUUUCCAUAUAGCUCAUCAAUCCACCAGUACCUAGCUCGAUCACCACCACUGAUCAUCAACCAUGGCCUCCCAACAUGACCUCCACCGACCCAUCUUAGACUCUGACCAAGCGCAGCCGCUAGAACCGGAACCCAUCUCUUCUGGGGUCCAUGCAGUGGACUCUCGGCUAGAAAAGGUGCUAUCGGAUACUCGGUUACCGUGCUUCAAGCGCCUCCGGUUGGCCACCUUGAUCGAACUGAAGAUCCUCUUCCGCCUCGCCGCACCGGCUGUCUUCGUCUACAUGAUCAACAACUUCAUGUCCUUGUCCACCCGAGUAUUCGCCGGCCACCUUGGCAAUCUUGAGCUCGCCGCCGCCUCUCUUGGUAACAGCGGCAUCCAACUCUUCGCCUACGGCCUCAUGUUAGGCAUGGGAAGCGCGGUAGAGACUCUAUGUGGGCAGGCCUAUGGAGCCCACAGGUAUGAAAUGCUAGGCGUUUAUCUGCAAAGAUCAACGAUCGUCCUGACUCUCACUGGCAUCCCAGUCACGGUGAUCUACGUCCUAUCAAAGCCUAUCUUGCUCUUACUAGGCGAAUCAACGGCCGUGGCGUCCGCAGCCGCAGUUUUCGUCUACGGACUGAUCCCACAAAUAUUUGCUUACGCCGUGAACUUCCCCAUACAAAAAUUCCUCCAAUCCCAAAGCAUUGUAGCCCCAAGUGCGUACAUAUCGGCGGCCACGCUUGUGGUGCACCUGCUGCUGAGCUGGCUGGCCGUGUACAAACUGGGGAUGGGGUUGAUCGGCACGUCGUUGGUGCUGAGCUUGUCGUGGUGGAUCAUUGUGGUGGCGCAGUUGGUGUAUAUCUUGUUGAGCGGCAAGUGUAAGCAGACGUGGAAUGGGCUGAGUUUGCAGGCAUUUUCUGGGCUCUGGGAGUUCGUGAAAUUGUCGUCGGCAUCGGCUGUGAUGCUUUGUUUGGAAACGUGGUACUAUCAGAUACUGGUGCUGGUUGCUGGCCUGCUCGAAAACCCCGAGCUUGCUUUGGAUUCUCUUGCCGUCUGCAUGGCAAUUAAUGGGUUGUUGUUCAUGGUUUCGGUCGGGUUUAAUGCAGCUGCAAGUGUGAGGGUGAGCAAUGAGCUCGGGGCGGGUCAUCCAAAGUCAGCAGCAUUCAGUGUCGUAAUCGUCAACGUUAUUUCUUUCAUUAUUGCUGUAAUAGAAGCAGUGGUGGUGCUUGCGCUGCGCCAUGUGAUAAGCUAUGCCUUCACCAGCGGCGAAACCGUGGCUGAUGCCGUCUCAGACCUCUGUCCAUUCUUAGCAGUUACUCUUAUUCUUAAUGGGGUUCAACCGGUCUUGUCGGGGGUGGCUGUUGGAUGUGGAUGGCAAGCAUUUGUGGCAUAUGUGAACGUGGGAUGUUACUACGUGGUUGGAAUUCCUUUGGGUUGCCUUCUUGGUUUUAAGUUCGACCUUGGCGCUAAGGGAAUAUGGUCGGGGAUGAUAGGAGGAACUGUAAUGCAGACCAUCAUUUUACUGUGGGUAACUUUUCGCACGGACUGGAAUAAAGAGGUGGAGACUGCGAGGGGACGACUGGAAAAAUGGGACGACAAGGAGACACUGCUAAAAAGCUGAAGAGGUUGCUAAAGAUAACACUGACCACACGUAGCAAAAGGAUGAGUUUGGAGUGUCGGUUUGGGUGUUCGGUUUUUUAGAUCAGAAUUCAAUUCUUAUUUGAUGUGCAAAGUCUGCAUAUUACUGUCAGAAAACUCUAUUUUGCUGUUGCAGUGUACAACUUGUGGCUUCACCGGAAUGCAGCAUUUACUUCAUGGGUGCUCUCCCCGGUCUGAGGAAGGUUUGUUGUCUAAGAUUAGAUGGGAGGUGAAAGUGAGAUUGAUGACAAAGUUUUAUUCAAAGUAGUCUGUCCUUUGGAGUCUUCUUUGUUUGUGGUUGUAGUUGUGUUCCUAGUGCUGUGUCGCUAGUUUGGCUUUACUAGAGGGUCUGCUUUGGCUUCCUUUAGUUCUGUGGGUAUUUUUUGAAGUUGUAUUUGUUGGUUCUUGAUGAACCGUGAUUCCAGCGUUUACUGGAGUGCUGUAAAAGUUGAGUUUGGGCAAUAAAGUUUUAAUUCACCCAAAAAAAAAAAAAUAUGAAUAAAAUAGCGAAAACAGAAUCAUAUUUGUUUUUAAAAUCAUGGUUGCCAAACGAACCACUUCAUUGGAUGGAUUUCACCAGGAAGGUUUUGCCCAUCGACUAGC